AUGUCUAUUGCUGCAAAUUUCCAACACUUAACCUGUAGAGACUACGGCCUUCUUAUAAGAACUCUUGAAUCAUUGAGUAUCGGAAAUGCACUUCUAUGUUUGACGAAGUUAUCUCCAAUAGAAACUGAAAACAAUUUGUUAAAAUCUUUAAUUUCAUUGUCUGUUCCACCUGGCGUACUUAAAGGUAAUCAUCUCAGUCAUUUCCUUUUCAUUUUAUUUGUUAAUUCAGUUAAUAAAUGGAUAACUAAAGCCAAAAAUCUUCUCUUUGCUGAUGAUUUCGUAAAAAUAUAUUUGAACAUUUACGCUCUUCAGAGCUGA